AUGCAGCAGGCAGCUGGGAAAAUGCUGUGUCAGGUGCGGGAAAGAAGCCAGGAGAAGGCCAAGGCCAAGGCUGUGGAAAGAGCAGGUUCGCCCACAUGGCGGGAGGGGCAGCCGCUUCCUCAAACCUUGACUGUACCGUAUUCUAUGGGUACCAGCGCACACCCCGUAGGAGUCCAGGCUGCCUGGAAGCUGGUCCUCAUCCCGAAGACCACAGGGCCCCUUUUCAGCAGAGUUCCUGCUGAGGUCACAUCUACUGUUGCUGGAACAAGGAAGUCAGGGUCACCUAGAGCCAAAGGAGCACUCUUAGUCACCCAGGGCCCAGACUCUGGCGCCAGGCCAGACAGCCUGGGAACAACUCUGAGCCUGAGCUCUUCUGCUUCCCUGGCAACCUGGGCAGGGUGGGCCAAUCCGGGGGCCAGCGUGGCAGAGGCCGUGGGAGUGCCCAAGGGCAGUUCCACCCAUGAGAAAACUCCUUUCAAGUUUACAGUGGGGGAUGGAAUUGGUGGGGACAACGCCAAGCUCCACUUCUCUCCGUGCUUAAUGAGGGGCCAUACUGAGUGCAAAGACAAUGAAGAUGAGGAGGUUGGGCAUGGGAGCAGAGAUGAGAACCCCCGCUGGACCCAGACUGCCAGUCUAGAAAGUUUCCUGCCACGGAAACGCUCUGACAUCCAGCGAGAUGAGGAGGGUCACAUUGAAGUCAAGCAUUUCCGGAAUGACCAGGAAGAGGAAGCUGGUGUUAUCUACAUAAGCCCGAUCCCUUAUGGAGACUGGACCUUUCAGACCCUUGGGAUACUUGAAACAGUUGCUCAGAGUAGAGAUGUCUACACAUUCUCUUCAGUGCACCCAAGUCUGAUGCAUCCUGUCACAGUCACAGGAACCCCAGACCUUGGCACUAUCAAGAUUGCUUUGGAGAACGCACUGACACUUGAGUUUGAACUGGUGACCUUGAGCUUGCCAGCAGUGGCGGUGGCGCUCAGUCUCCCCGGCGCCGGGCUUACCGUCACGGUCACGGCUCCGGUGGCCUGCACGCGCACCUGUCCCGCCACCUGCCGCUGCAGCAGCACCGACCGUGGGUGCUCAGUGCACUGCGACCGCGCGGGGCUGCUGCGGGUGCCGCCCGAGUUCCCGUGCGAGGCUGCAGCCAUCGACCUGGACCGCAACGGUCUGCGUUUCCUGGGCGAGCGGGCCUUCGGCACGCUGCCUUCGCUGCACCGCCUGUCGCUGCGCCACAACAACCUGUCCUUCAUCACGCCCGGCGCCUUCAGGGGCCUGCCGCGCCUGGCCGAGCUGCGCCUGGCGCACAACGGCGACCUGCGCUACCUGCACGCGCGGACCUUCGCCGCCCUCGGACGCCUGCGCCGCCUCGACCUGGCCGCCUGUCGCCUCUUCAGCGUGCCCGAGCGCCUGCUGGCCGAGCUGCCCGCCCUGCGCGAGCUCGCCGCCUUCGACAACCUGUUCCGUCGCGUGCCCGGCGCCCUGCGCGGCCUGGCCAACCUCACGCACGUGCACCUCGAGCGGGGCCGCAUCGAGGCGGUGGCGUCGGGCUCGCUGCGGGGCCUGCGGCGCCUGCGCUCGCUCCGCCUGCAGGGCAACCGCGUGCGCACCGUGCACGGGGGCGCCUUCCGCGACUGCGGCGCCCUGGAGCACUUGCUGCUCCACGACAACCAGCUGGCCGAGCUGCCGCCCGACGCCUUCCAGGGCUUGCACCGCCUGCGCACCCUCAACCUGGGCGGCAACGCGCUGGGCCGCGUGCGGCGCGCCUGGUUUGUCGAGCUGGUCGAGCUCGAACUGCUCUACCUGGACCGCAAUCGCAUCGCCUGGGUGGAGGAAGGCGCCUUCCAGAACCUCUCUGGCCUCCUGGCACUGCACCUCAACGGCAACCGCUUGGCGGUGCUCGCUGGAACCGCCUUCCAGCCCGGACUCUUCCUGGGCCGGCUCUUUCUCUUCCGCAAUCCCUGGCGCUGUGACUGCCGCCUGCAGUGGCUGCGGGACUGGCUGCACAGCUCCGGCCGCCUGGCCGACGUGCCCUGCGCCUCCCCGGGCUCCGUGGCCGGCCUGGACCUCAGCCAGGUGGCCUUUGGGCACUCGGCCAGCGGUGUCUGCGUGGACCCCGAGGAGCUGAACACCACUGCCGCACGCGCAGCCCUGUUCUCAGAGCCGGAGACCACCAGCGCCAACAACUUCAGCAGUCUCCUCUCCCAACUCCUGAUGUCCCAGGCUGUGGUGGCGGCCACCAAUGCCACGGAGGAGCCGGCCAACGCCUCAUUGUCCCCUGGCCUUCCCUCCCGCGGACCGCGAGGCUCGGGCCGCAGCCCCGCAUGGCUUCUGGGUCCCAGCUUCCUGCUCAGCGUGGCCCCAUACGUGGGGGUUCAUCCUGCGCACACACUGGGCUGGGCUGCGUCGGGGUGA